UCCGGCGAACGUCCAUCUUUCUCCGAGUGCGUGCGAGCCGCGAGGCACCAAAGUGCCUAUACUUUAGUUUUCUCGCAUCGCACAACGUGCGAAAAAACGACUCGAAAUGUCGUUAUCUACAGCCAGACCACUAGUAACUGUUCAUUUUGAUAAAUCGGAGUCACCAAAGACUAUUUCUUUGCCUGCGAUUUUCAAAGCUCCCAUUCGUCCAGAUGUUGUAAAUUUUAUUCACCAGCAGGUUUCUAUGAAUCACAGACAGCCCUAUGCUGUGUCAAAGGAAGCUGGACAUCAGACCUCUGCUGAAUCAUGGGGUACUGGACGUGCUGUUGCCCGUAUCCCACGUGUCCGAGGUGGUGGUACUCACCGAUCUGGUCAGGGUGCUUUUGGUAACAUGUGUCGGGGCGGUCGCAUGUUUGCCCCAACAAAACCAUGGAGAAGAUGGCAUAGACGCGUAAAUGUAAAUCAGAAACGGUUUGCUGUUGUCUCAGCCGUUGCUGCAUCUGGAGUACCUGCUCUGGUUAUGUCAAAAGGCCAUUUAGUUCAGGAAGUUCCUGAAUUCCCACUGGUCGUCAGUGACAAAGUUCAAGGAUUACAGAAAACAAAGGAAGCUGUUGCAUUCCUGCGACAAGUCAAAGCUUGGAGCGACAUCAAAAAAGUCGUGCAAUCACAACGUCUUCGUGCCGGUGUAGGUAAAAUGCGCAAUCGCCGUCAUGUUCAACGUCGAGGACCUCUGAUUAUCUACGGUAACGAUGGGGGUAUCAGCAGGGCGUUCCGCAAUAUACCUGGUGUUGACGUUAUGAACGUGAAAAACCUUAACUUGUUGAAGUUGGCACCCGGUGGUCAUGUUGGUAGAUUCAUCAUCUGGACAGAAUCAGCUUUCGAGCAGUUGGAUGCUCUUUGGGGUACCUGGCGCAAAGAGAGCGAAGAAAAAAAAGGAUAUAAUCUUCCCAUGCCAAAAAUGGCCAACACUGAUUUGGCUAGACUUUUGAAAUCGGACGAAAUCCGUAAAGUCCUCAGAGCACCUAAGAGGCGAGUAAUCAGGAAAGUCAAGAAGCUGAAUCCUUUGAAGAACACGAGAGUUAUGCUUAAGUUGAACCCAUACGCUGCCGUAACCAAGCGCGCAGCUAUUUUAAAAAAAAGUAAAAAGGUUGCUAAGAAAUAAAUUUUUAUAAGCUUAAUGUCGAAAAAG